AGGACGAGCAGACGGACAGGAAUAAGCUGAAGGAUGAUAUGUGUCAUUUUAGUUGCUGGACACGGGCGCGUAUUGGAGGAUGAGAUCAAGAAUGACGUUUCAGGACGCUACUCCUCCCUGGAAGGCGUGCCCAAGUCCCUGCUUCCUGGAGUGGGCGGGAAACGGAUCUUGGACUUCUGGUGGGAGGCCAUCAACACGCGUCAGGUGUUCAGCGACGUUUACUUGGUCACCAAUGCUGACAAGUACAAAUACUACGAACGGUGGGCCACAGCAAAUGACUUCCCCGUGGAUAACAUCGUCAAUGACGGCUCCACCACUUACGAAAACAGGCUAGGUUCUGUCGGAGAUUUUGACCUUGUGCUCAGAAACAAGAGGAUUGAUGAUAGCGUCAUGGUGGUUGCCGGUGACAUGCUUUUCCAGGAUCACAACUUUGACAUCACCCAAGUCGUAGACUACUUCAAGCGAAAGAGAGGAGAGCUGGCUAUUUAUUACGAGAUGGAGCCCACGGAGUUGUCACGAAGCCGUGGUAUUGUGGACGUAUGCCCAACAACCAACAGGAUCAUGCAUUUCACGGAGAAGCCGAGCCAAGACGAGACAGCGUCGCGCAUGGCAAGUGUCGUCUUCUACUGCUUCCGCAGACAAACCCUGUCGACGAUCACUGCGUACCUCGACAAUCACCCCGACGUGGUGGAGAGGAACUUUGGGAUGUACAUGGAAUGGUUGGUUAACCGAUCAGGAAUCGAGGUUUACGGCAUGAAGCUACCCACGGGGUUCCAACUCAUCGGCCAGGUGGGGCUGGACGAGUAUAAGAAGUGGUUGGGGUAUUUCUCGGACAAGCAACUCCAGCAGGGGAUCAAGGAACCAUUCACAGCCACCGGGCACGCAAGAGUGGGUUUGAUGGGUAAUCCUUCCGACGGUUUCUACGGCAAAACCAUAUCACUGUCCAUCGCCAACUUCUGGGCAGAAGUCACCAUCAAAGAAAGCGAGCGACUGAUCCUGGUACCUCAUCCAUUAAAUGACCCCACCGAGUUUGGUAGCCUGGGAGAUCUCCACGGUAUCAGCCGCAAGGAGGGCUACUUGGGGGGUCUGCGGCUUCUCCAGGCUACCUGCAAGAAGUUCUACCAGUACUGCUCAGAGCAAGGGGUCUUGCUGGAAGCAGUGCCAUUGUCACGGCAACGCUGAAAUGCCUCAUGCACUUUUUUGAUCUCACAAACAGUGAUAUACCCCUGGCCCUGCGGCCACAGUUUAUCCUCAACGUUGAGGUCGAUGAACUUUUUAUCAAUGCCGGACUCCAGGACAGAG